AUGUCGGACCUUUCCGAAGCCGAUCAGUUUCUCUACGCGGCGCUUGCAGCUGAAGUCGGUAGGCCGUCUCCUCCACCGGAGUUCCACGGUGCCGCCAAUGUGGCCGCACCAGCCACUGCCUCUGAGGCCCGCAACAUGGCUGCCAAUGACACUGUCGUUGUGCCGCCAGUUGCCGUCGCUGUGCCUGCUGCGCCAGUUGCCGACGUGCCAGCUCACCUCGGCGCCCCGCCCCUCAUCCCAUCCACGCCAGCAAUCGUCAACAACCCUGCCAACACCGUCGCCGCACCUCUUGGCACAGUCGGUGGCAACACCCCCGCCCAGCCUGCAUCUCAACAGCGUACACGAAAGUACAGGAACGUUGGCGACGAAGCUGACCCAUUCAUCUGCCCGGGCCUCAACCAGGACUGUUACCACGCGGUCCUGCGCGAGAGUGGUUACUGGGACCACAUUUUCCGCAAGCACAACUACACACGGAAGCAGAUGGACAGGCCAAACAACCAGCAUAUCAAAGACAUCUUUGUCCCCGCGCGACGCGCCUCCUGGUAUCAGGCCAGGGGCGUCGACAUCACGUACCAGGGGACCGAGCCCAAGCAGAUUGCCGUGCGAAGGCGUAUGGCUGCUGGCCUCAGAACGACCGAUCCGGCAUACGCGAGCACGGUGUACGGGUCGACAAUGACAGAGCCAGACGUUUGA